AUGAACGGCGACGCGGGCCUGGUCGGCUGCCUGGUCGAAAGGUUGACCAACAAACUCCCUCACCGUACCGGCGCGCCGACUCAAGAAUUCUCCCAGGACGAGAUCGUCUGCAUCACCCGCGCCACUCUCGUCAAGAUCAGCGCAAACUCCAUCCGCCUCGUUUUCGAUGCCCUCCUUGCCCUACUCGAAGAUGCCGUCCGGCCGCAUGGCAAGACCAUUAACUCGCACCCGCCCCAUGUGCUUCUCUCGGAGCUCUAUGUCCUCGAGCUGCUCGCCGACUGCUGCGCUAGCAAUUGGUACCGGUCAAAGGAUGAAACCAACAAGACCCCGGGCUCGCCCGCGCCCGAACCGGCUUUAUCCUCGGCUCAGCGCGCCGCCUUCCCCCGGCCCCGGGCUCUCGCCAACGAGCAGGUCCACCGUCUUUUCGACGUCCUCAAGGUGCUCUUUGAGCCCAUACCCGACAACUACUCGCUCCCAGCCAAGGCGAUCCUCGACGACUCGUCCGCCAAACAUGUGGCGACUCCCGGCGCCGAAGACAUGGCGCGCACGCCUCUGUCUGCCUCAUCUAACGAGCCCGCCGAGACACGCAACCUGCUGCAGGCGCACGCAGGGGCGAUCGAGGCGAGCAUCAAGCUCAUUAUGGAGUACGUGACGGCAUCGAGCUGGGCGGGCGCCUUCGACCUGUUCCGCAACGUCAUGUAUACGGCGCGCAACCACAUGCCGCCGCAGAACGGGGCGAUCCCGACGGCAGCAACGGCCGAGGAAGAGCGCGCGGCCCUGGUCAUGAUGCGCCUCGUGUCGUUCUUCUGGGCAGACGGCCACAAACUGAGCCUGGUGGUGCAGGAGUUCUGCUCCAGCUUCCUACACUUCCGCAAGGCGUUCCAGAACACGAUCGCGGUGGUGGUGCCGCAGAUCAUCACGCGGUGGCUAGACCGGCACCCGGGCGAGUUUGUGCAGCUGCACUCGACAGCCGCGACGGCGAUCAUGGGCGGCAGCGGUACCGGCAGCGGUACCGGCAGCAGCGCGAAGCGGCGUGAGAACGCGCCCGACACACUGUUCGACAUGUCGUUGACCAUCGGCGACCAAGGGCGGCGUAAGACACUGCUAUACCCGAUGCAGAUGACGCUGCUGUUCCUGCAGCCGGACGUGUUCGAGGUGGCCAGCAACAUGCGUGACGCCAAGGGGUCCGGGAUCGCGAAGAAGGUGCAGUUCCUGGACGGCCUGCGCAAGGCCCUGCGCAACCGCAACGAGCAGGCCGCGUACUGCCUAGUACUGCUGCUGCGGGCGGCCCGCCACUUCGACGCCGAGAGCGACUCGGCCCUGAUGAGCUACGCCAUGGACGUCCAGGACGAAGUGCGCGACGCCGUGUUCCGCCGCAUCACGCCGGGCACCGAGGGCGUCGUGCUGUACGAGCAGGAUAUCUUGACGGCUGCCUUUGUGUCGUUGACGCACCUCAACUUUGACUACGCCGUCGACUCGCUGGCCGUGUCGUGCCUGUCGUCGUCGGCCCCGCAUAGUUUCCGCAUCGCUGUGAUCCAGGCGUGUGCCCACUUUGCGCGUCUAGAGGGCGGCGACAGUGCCCUGUACCAGCCGCUAUUCCGGGCUGCGAGUUCUUUUGUCCAGGGGCAGUUGCAGACCAUGGCCGACCUCCUAGCGGACGGCUACAUCAAUGAGCAGAGCGCCCAGCGCAAGGCCGUCGAGAGCGCCCCUUGUAUCAGCAUGGCUUGCAACAUCCUCAGCUUCCUCGACGCUUCGCCGGCCACCCUAUUCGAAGGCCCACCCACCGACCCUGACGAGCGGGAAAUCUUCUACCAAGAGAACCUCAAUGCGCUAAUCGCGUGCCUGAUCGCAGCCGACGAGAACGUCCGGCGGCUGGCGGCGAGUGUAGCGGGGCGGCUGUUUGCGUGCGAACAGGCGCUGGCCAGAAUCAAGUCUUAUCGGGCGAUUGGGUCGGACGAGUGCAAAACCAAGUUCUGGCGGUUGACAUCCCUCAUUCUCAUCUCGAUCUGCGACCGGACGAGACUACCCUGCAACUCCGAGGCGCUGCGGUCCAUCAGUAGCUAUCUUGAAUCAAGGCUGCUUCUCCUGACGUCAAUUCCGGAACUCGGCCAGACGUCCGAUGAAAUCCCCGAGCGGACUGCCGCGUCGGGUAAACUCGAGAAGCUCUUCCUAGUCUCGCUCUGCUCGGCCGAGAUCGAGGCAUGCCAGACCGUCACGCAGUGCAUCGGCACGUUCCUCCAGGAGUGCCACCUGAUCGACAGCGGCCCGGCCACAGUCAAAUCGUCGCUCACGCUUCUCCGCAACGCCGACAUCUUCCGCGAGAUCUCGUCGCGCGAGUUCCGCUUCACCGGCAUCGUAGCCUUCCAGAAGCGCAUCCGCGGCCUGCUCCGGCGCAUGCAGUACCCCAGCGCUGGCAUCCUCGAUGCGUGGGAGUUUGUGUUUGACAAGUGGCUGCAACUCUCGAUGGAGCUUUCGCAGGCCGGCGGUCAAGGCCCGCCGGCCACGGAGCGCAUGGUGGCCGAGUGGCGCAAUUACUCGGGCUUCCUGGCGUCACUGGGGGGUAUCUGUACGGCCGAGCAGGCCACCAACCUCGAGGAGCCGGCCAUCAGCGGGCUCAAGUGGAUCGAUCGUUUCUCGGCCGGUGACCGCUACUCGGCGGGCGACAACGAUGACGAGCCGCUGCUGGCGCGCUAUCUUCGGCUGAGCAUCCAGCUGCUGGCCUGCGCUAACGUGCGCGUGCGCGAGACCAUGCGUGAGGUGCUGUCGUCCGAGGUGCCCACCUCGCUGUUCCAGCCGCUGUUUAAAGCCCUCGAGGCGGAGCUUGACGUGCUCUUUGCCGGCGCUCUCGAACCGAGCGUCAGGGGAAGCCAGGGGCAACAGGGGCAAGGCGCGGACAACGACAUUAUCUUCGCUGAGCAGUCGUCGUCGCUGCUCAAGGCCCUGGUCGAGCGUCUUGACUCGUCCUCGGAGGUCGGCGCAGCCUCGAGCCUGCAUCUCGGCGCGCUCUGCCUCAACUUUGCCAAGAGUCUCGAAGGGAUUAUCGACACGCCCAGCAGUCUGCGCGUCAAGAUCAAGAUCUGCCAGCUCGUCGAGGCCGUGACCAAGCGCAAGGAACAGCUCAACCUCCGUGAUGACGUGCACGUACGCAACCAGCUGCUCGAGUACAUCUUCAGCUGGAUCGCCCGGCCACGCUCCCCGCGCGACUCGGCUGCGGCCGCGGCGCUCGCCCGGCAGGAGGAGAUGCUUCGUUUCCAACGCGACCUAGACAACGCCUGUCUCCGCUCACUAUCAACCCUAACCUUCCGCCUACCGCUACAGCCAGGCGGCGAUGGGACGACCGACGUAGGCAUGAGCGAGCAAAAGUCGCAAAUGUUCCACUCGUACUUCAACCGCUUCCUCUCGCUACUCAACAUGGACUCCAACAACAACGGCAGCAUCGAUGCGGCCGGCGGACGGGGGGAUUACGGAUACCAUGGGUAUCAUCACGGGUACUACCACGGGCCGCACCAUCACUACCUCGGACCUGCUGUUGCCGGUGGGGGUGGAGGUGUUGGCGGCGGGGCGAUCGGCGGCAGCAGCAGUAGCAACUCUGAAGCGUCGACGUCGGAUCUGGCGAUCACGAUCUUGUCGAAUUUGCUGAGUGCUAACAUUGAUGUUGGGCUGAAGCACUCGCUGAGUAUUGGGUAUCAUGAGAAUUGGAAUAUUCGCAAGGCGUUUAUCAGGGUGUUGUAUAACAUUUUGGUGCAGGGGACGGAGUUUAGUAAUCUGAGUGAUGCGGCGGUGAAUGAGAAGUAUGAUAAGCUGUUGGAGAUUGUGACGAGCGACCCCGGGUUGGCCGUGGCCAUGGCGGGGGUGUGUCCGAGCCACGAUGUCGACGAGCUGACGAUCUCGCUGCUGAAUAUUUUUGAGGCGAGGGGGAGCACCCUGGACCUGCUGGAGGCACUGAUCAAGCAGGAGGUUGAAGAGACCAGCCACGAAACGGAGCUCCUGCGCCGCUCCUCGGUAGCCAUCAGGAUGCUUAUCAUCUACACCAAGUGGAAAGGGGCGGCCUACCUCCGCGACACGCUGCAGGGCGUGAUAGACCGGGUGAUCGCGACGUCCCAGGACAUGAGCCUGGAGCUGGACCCGGAGCGGGUCAGUUCGCAGGAGGAGCUGGCGGCCAACGUGAAUAACCUGCAGCUUGUGUCGCGCGUGUUUAUCGACAAUAUUUGUCACUCCGUGCGCAAGAUGCCGCCUGUGUUUCGCAAGAUUUGCAACAUUAUCUCGGAAACGGCAGCGGAAAAGUUCCCCGACUCCAAGUACACGGCGGUCGGCUCGUUCAUCUUCCUGCGCUUCUUCUGCCCGGCCAUCGUGACACCGGAGAACGAGGGCCUGCUUUCGGAGCCGCCGUCGAGGGAGACCCGGCGCGGGCUGCUGCUGAUUGCCAAGGUGAUCCAGAACUUGGCCAACAACAUGCUGUUUGGGGCCAAGGAGCCGUACAUGUUCCCGCUCGUGGACUUUUUAACGGAGAAUAUUUGGACUGUGACCACGUUUUUGCGCGAGAUCUCGAUCCCCCCUCCACCGUUUGAGACCCCCCCAGCGGCCGAGUCGUUCGAGUUCGGCUCGUGCGUGGCGCUGCAUCGGUUCCUAUACGAGCACUGGGACCUAGUGCGGCAGCGGUUGGUAGCGCGGGAGAAGAAGGAGUUUGUGCGGUCACCGGCCGAGUCGACGCGCAGCAGCCGGUCACCAGUCCUAGAACCCCUGAGGAACCUGAUCAUGAAUCUGGGCCCGCCGCCCCUCGCGGUGACGUGGAAUCGCCCCCAGAUUCCGGCCAACAGCCCGCCGUCGUACUCGCGGUUCCAGGACUUUAUGCUGCGCAAUGCGUUCCGGGGCACCGAGUCGUUUCUCACGGCGCGAGCAGUGUACGACGCGGGUGAGAGCAAAGACGGGCUGUCGAUCAUCUGCAUCAUCCUGCGGCACAUCGACGGCGAGGCGAUCGACUUCGACACCAUGAUUUACUGCUACCUCAAGAUCGCGAGCCGGCUGUGGGACCGGCCCUUUGCCUUGCUGAUCGACUCGACGUACUACACGGGGGUGAACGAGCCCAAGGACGAGCUCUUCCACAAGAUCGACCAACUAACCCCGCGCGAGCUCUCAGACCGUCUGAGGCGCAUCUACAUCUACAACCUGAACAGCGCAUCCAAGAAGUGCCUGCGGCGGAUCCUGCGGGUGUCGGCCAAGAACGAGGGGCAUGUCUUCAGCCCGGCGCGGGUCGAGUACCGUCUGCUGGGCACGCUGCAGGACCUGCAGGUGCACUUCCAUCUCAGCCAGCUGGUUCUGCCGCGCGAGACCGUCGCGGUAGUGACCGAUACGCGUUACGUGUUCCAACCCGUCACGCGGCUGAGCAAGUCCAAGGGCAAAGUAGACGUGCAGAUCAAGGUCGGACACCAGUUCGUACAGGUCACGACGGCACAGGUCCAGGAUAUGCCCGGGUUCCGGCAGAGCACAACGGUCAACGACAUCUUCCGGUUAGGCGACGUCGACGAGGCCCCCACGGCAAUCCAGACCGAGGACAACUCGGCGUUCGGGCUGAAAGCCGACGGGGGUCGCGUGGUCAUGUACUUUACCAGUCCGCACAAGGCCGAGAUCCUGGCGACGCUGCGGGGGGCCAAGGCAAGGCACGCGCGGGACACCCGCGGGGGAGGCAAGUCGUCGGCCACAUCGCUGUUGCUCGAGCAGCAGCAGCGCCUGAUCCGCCCGCAGGACGUGCCCGGCACGCUGCUGAACCUGGCGCUGACCAACCUGGCCACACCGGACCCCGUGCUGCGGUUGUCGUCGUACAACUUGCUGAGCGCGCUGUGCAAGGCCUUCAAGUUUUCGGCCGCCACGUCGCGGCUGCUGAGCGCGCGCGAGAUUGCGAUCCCGCUAGACCCGUCGCGGUUCAUUAUUGAUAUCAGCCGGAGUCUUGCGCAGACGGAACCCCAACUGACGGCCGAUUUCCUGAACGAGUUCUUUGUCGGAUGGGACAGUUUUUUGGAGGAGCAGAAGCCGCUCAGCCUGGCGUACAUGGCCCCCUGGAUCCCGGGCCUGCGGACGUCGCUGCUCGCAAGCGAAACGGAGAGUGACAAGGGGAAAGAGAAGAUCGCGGGUUUAUUCCGCAAGCUGCUCGAUGUGGCCGUGACGGACCCGACGCUGGCUGUUCCUCUCGAACAAACGGUCUGGCCGGCAAUUGCGCAGGACGAGGUGCUGCUAGACGUGUUCAUCGACGAGGUCGUCAAAGCCGCGCUGAGCCUCGGGUUCGAGGACGAGCAGACCGAGACGCUGACGUCGAUCGCGGCGGCCAUCGGCACCGUCACGCUGCGCGGCAAGAUCGUGUCGCGGCUACGCAAGGGGCUCAACCGCACCUCGCUGCGUCCGACACGGCACCUGCCCGACAACCCGGUGUGGAACGAGCUGUGCGUGCUGCUGCAGUUCUGUCUGGCCUUGUCUUUCGACAGUGGCGUGCAGGCCCAGAUGUACCUACCCGAGAUCUUCCACGCCGUCACCAUGCUGGCGAACACGGGGCCCCCCGACGUGCGCGCUGUUGUGCAUCGGCUGUUAACCAACACUCUGCAUUCUGCGAGUACUGCGUUCGUGGCGUUAGACGAGGACCGCAGCGGCAAGCUACGCGCCACGCUCGAUACGCUGUCGGAUCCCAAGAGCAGCGGCGAUAUAUUUAUCCAUGUCCACCCUUCUGGCCAUGGACACUCUGCCGGCGGUGGUCUGCUAUCACUGCGCGACGGUGCCGCGUCUAUGUCGACCCACACUGCUGGUGCUGGUGAGGCUAGUCCGACACUAGCCGCCACCGAGGCCCUCGCUACCGUCCUGUUCGAGACCUGCGCCGUGGCUGCCCCCUCGGUCGACCUCGCCAAUGCCUGGCGCGCCCGCUGGAUGAGUCUGGUGGCUAGCACCGCGUUCCAGAAUAACCCGGCCAUCCAACCGCGCGCGUUCACCGUCAUGGGCUGUCUCGCGCGCGAGGAGGUCGACGACGACCUGCUGUACCAGGUGCUCGUCGCCCUGCGCCACAGCGUCGGCCGCUUCGGCGAAGACAUCCUCGCCGGCAACAGCACCAGCGCCACCAGCAGCAGCGACAUGCUCGUCGCCAUCGUCACCGCGCUGUCCAAGAUGAUGGCCAAGUUGCCUUCCGCAUCCCGCUACGGCGUGCAGCUCUUCUGGCUUGCCAUCUCCCUGCUGCGUCUCGUGCCCUUCCCGCUGUUCAACUGCACCGCCCUGUUCCUCGAGGCCGUGCUCGCCAACAUCAGCACCACCCCGGACAUCCGCGACAGCAGCAGCAGCGAGCAGGUCGUGGCUCAGUUGUUGCGUGGUCGCGUGCCCCUCGAGCAAGCCGCGUCGCUGCUUGACGAGGCCUAUGGGAUACAUUUCACCAGCGAGAACUUCCACUACGCUGCCUGCGCGUGUCUCGUGCGUGGGCUCACCGACAGCGUCACGCGGGCCACGGCCCUCCGCGUGUUGUCCACCUUCCUCGUGAUGACCGUCCCCAGCAGCAGCAGCAGCACCGCCCCAGGCCCCGCUACAGGCCCCCGCGCCGAACACAACCUCCACGACCUUCUCGCCUCCCCCUACAUGGCCCUCAUGCUAGCCCGCACCACCUCUGCCGCCGAACUCCACGAACACCUCUGGGCCGCCGGCAUCAACGUCUCCUCCUCCUCCUCCUCCUCCUCCUCCCUUUCCCCCACCACUACAGACAGUAACAACAACAACCCCAAUACCAUCCUAGACCCCACCCUCCUCCGCGCCGAACAAGACCUCUCCCCCCACCCCUACCAACACCGACCGCACCAUCGCCCUCACCCGCACCCCUCCCGCCGUCUCAAAGACAAAGACCUCCUCCUCAACACCGCCAUCGAACUCGUCGAUUUCGCCUGUCUCGAUGACGCGGUACAACUGCGCAGUUUGCGUUGGUUGCAGCGGGUUGCUGUUGAACGGCCGGGGGUGGCGGUUCAUUUGUGCGCUGGUGGGGGGCUGCUGGUGCCGCUGUUGAAUGAUGUGCUGUUGCAUUGUCAGUCGUCGGCUACGGUGGAGGCGGCGCAGGCUUUGCUGAGGACUGUGAUGGGGAGUGCGAGGUUUGUAACAGGAGGAGGGGUUGGAGCGGGGGCUGGGUUGAAUGAGAUCUUGGAGGAUAUGGGUUUUGCUGGGCUGUGGCGGAGCUGCUCGUUUACGCUGGCGCAGGAGCCGCAGGACCGGUCGUGUUUUGCGUUGACGGAGAAGUUGAUUGAGGUGAGUUUUUUUGGAGUUCUCUCCUCUCUCAUGUUGGAAACUAUACUGACUGAUUAUGUCACAGCUCAUCAUUUUGUGAUAUGGAUAGCGGACGGAAGAACUGAAAAGGUUGAUGUUUGUUGGAUACCAUGA